UACAAAUACAAACACGGCGUCUGCAUGACGGAACUUACCUUCCAAGCCAAUUCUGCAUGACAAGUUGAUGUCUUUGUGUGUCCUCCAUAAGCGGGAAUUAUAAAUUUGCAUUGCAUAAUCCGCAAGGUGAAGCGGGUGCUGGACCCGAAUCUGCGCGUCUUCCCGCGAAGGGUGUUCUCGGGCUGGUACAGCGAGGAGGCGGUGGAAAUCAUGAACGACGAGGAAUUAUCGGAAAAAAAAUUUCAAGUGCAGUGCUGCGAGUGUCUCGACGACCCGCUCUCCACCCGCAACAUCAUACCCUCCCACACCGACUACAAAGGCAUCCUGAUGGAGGUCCGGAUCGACCGCAAUCUGGAGAUCGAGGCGGAAGGGAUGAAAAGCAAACAGGCCACGGGCGACAAAGAUGGAACAACUGGGGCUACACUUGCGAACGCCAAAGGCGCAAAGGCGAAACUCAAAGCCGCUGCAACGAUGGUGUUCUCUGCCUUGACGAAUACCGGUGCGACUUCUAGUGGCGGGGGGAAAAGUGGUAGUAGUGCAGGAGGAGGAAAUAAAAACAGCUCGAAUGUUAAAGGCGUCAAGAAGGCGGGUGGUGGCGUGUCAAAUAAAGCUGCAAAUAACUCAGGGACAGGGGCUGCUACUGCUUCUCCAAAUAACUCGAAUAGAAACCAAAAUCAACAGCUGCAACUUUCGCUGGGCGGUGGGACGUCGAACACAAGUAGAAGUACAACAGGAGGUCAACGUCAACAUCCAGGCGGCGAUCAGCAGAAAAUGUUUUCUUCGAAUUCGGCUUUUCUCCCCCCCUUCCCGAUAGAAGAGCCGAAGCGGGACACCGACCUGGUCCGAGUAGUGAACACCGGAGAGAUCUACACAAACCUGGUAAUCCGCGGUAAGCUGAACGAGCAAACGUACUUUGAUCCGCGGACGCUCCGCGAAGAUUUUUACGACGACGCCAAGAAGGGCUUCCAAUGGUACUUCGAUCAGUGUGAGGAAGUGUGGAAGCGGAAACAGGCGGAAAAGCAACUCGCACUGGAGCAAGCAGGGGCGGGCGAAGCAGACGCGACGGGGGGCGGAGCGACAGCGCAAGGCGCCGCAGGAGGUGCGCGGGCUCCGACUUCUACGCAGAACAAGCAAGGACGUGGGACGAGUGGUAAGUCCACCUCAGGGCAGACGAGUGCAAAGAACAAAACUUCGCCCACGACCGGAGGUGGCAACAAAAGAGGAAAUGCCACGACCUCUGGCGCCGGUCCAGCAACAUCUGGAGGCACCAACUCGGCCGGGUUGGCGAUGGCAAUCACCAGCGUUUCCUCCUCGCCUUCGAACAAAAUUGCGCCAGCGAGUUCAACUGGGAAAGCUGCGAGCGACGCCGGGGGAUCCCAUAGUACCGACGCCGUUGUGUCGUUCUCGACAGCUGGCACCGGUACGGUGCUGCAGCAGCAGCAAUUUGCUGUAGGCCCGGACCAAAUAUCCUCCCCGUCCAACUUGCACCACAUUGAGCUUCAAGACCGCGGCCAACAACUUGCCGCAAUUACUACCGCCGCCGGCGGAAACAAUAACACCUCCAAAAUAAACAAGAAAGACGAGACCAAGUUGCACACGGACUGGACGGGAUUUCAGGAAUGGUUUCGCGAAAAACACAAGCAGACGGCGAAGCUCCCGAAGGCGUCGGAGAGCGACUACUUUCUCUUCUCCAGCGAGAUCUCGCGGAAACGGGAGAUUGUGACGGACUUCGGCAGCGUGGAGCGCUUCGAGAGCGCGAAGGAGGAUUUGUUCGAUUUGAA